AUGGGUUACGGUAACUUAUUUAUGCUCUGGCGUGAUUAUGGACCUUUUGAGGAAAAUACAUUGAGAAUAUAUGCUGCGGAAAUUGCUUUUGCUUUAGAUUACAUUCACGGGAACAAUAUAGCCUAUCGAGAUUUAAAAAUGGAAAAUAUUGUGCUUGACCUUGAUGGCCAUAUUCAAAUUGUUGAUUUUGGUUUCGCUAAAAAACUUGUUAAUGGAGAACGAACGCGAACAGUAUGUGGAACACUUCAGUACAUGGCUCCCGAAAUAGCCAAAGAGAAAUUUUAUGGUAGAGAGGUGGAUUGGUGGUCUUAUGGAGUGUUACUUCAUAUCUUAAAUACAAAUAGUUAUCCAUUUCCGAAUUGUGAUGUCAGUUCGCACAUUGAACUUAGAUAUGAUAGUUAUAGUACUCCUUGCUCUGAACCAAUAUUAAGCGAUCUUUUCAAUAAGCUACUGAGUGUAAAUGUAGAACGAAGGAUACAUACAUUUGCGCAAGUGAAAUCUCAUCCGUUUUUCGAAAGCAUUAAUUGGGAUGACGUUGCACUGAAAAAGGUACAUUUCUGUUUUAAUUUGGAUUUAGAGAUUUUAUAUGACAAAGUAGUGUUUCACUGUAUUGAAGUGGAGAGUGGACUCGAUGAGUCCAUCUGA